AUGACCAGCAUCUAUCCUACCUCUACCAUUGGACCCUAUGGUUCCGACUCUGGUUCCGGUGGUUCCCAUGGUUGGGAUGGCUCUGGCUCUGGCUCUGGCUCUGGCUCUGGCUCUGGCUCUGGCUCUGGAUCUGGAUCUGGAUCUGGAUCUGGAUCUGGAUCUGGAUCUAGUGGCUCCGAGGGCUCAGGUCACGGUCAUGUGACAGACGGCGGCUCACUCAUCUACACCACCGCCCUCCCAACCAUCGGCCCCAAUGGCCCAGGUGUACAUACUUAUACCAUCACCGCCCCCUGCGCCUCGUCUGACUGCCAGAGACCUGCCCCCACCGAGUGUCCUCCUGGUUUCACCACCACAGCCGUUAUCUGCCAUGUCUGUGGCGAGCACCCGGGGUCUCACGGUGGGGCCGCCAAGGCUGGCUCUACUUUGACUUCGGUUAUCACGACCGCGGUUCACAAAUCUGUCGCGCCUGUUUCUCCUGCUGAGAGCGUGUACCCGUGGAUUUCUCGCGGUGGCCCUCAAUUACCCGAUGCCGAGAAACCCUCUCAGGUCCCUGGUGCCACUGGUGAAUCUGGCAGUUCUGGUGGUUCAGAUUCCGAGCAUGAUGGGGCUGAAAAAGGCGACGAAUUACCCGACGGCCCUAAGAACACCGGCGCUCCCGAAGCAUCCGUUGGACCGGGCGCUAGUUCUCACAGCACCACUGUGGAUGCACCCAACGGAGCCCCUACUGCAGCGGGAACUGAAGCCGGGCACGGAGACGGAGAUGAAGCGGGACUGGGAUCGGCCUCUCCUUCUGAUGAUGACGCUAGCCCGUCAGCCGUUGUCGUUACUGGCCACGCACCCGAUUCCAAGGUGACCAAAUCCGUUGUCCUCAAAGCCGUCCUCUUUGCCGCAAUGGUCUUGUAUCCUCUCUACGUCUAG